AUGGAGGACCACCAUAUGGUAGGAGAGGAACCUCCCCGGAAUGAGACGAUAUUGAACUUCGCCCUGGAGAUCCUCGGCUUGAUGACUGGAGAGGACUGUGAAGUAGCAACAAAUUCUUCUACUGAACAUGACACAACCAGGAGAGGCCACAUCACCACUCCACCACCUCCAACCUUGAGACCCGAGAGACUCAACAUAGAGAAGAUCCUAGAAGCUCAUAGAAACAAUGUUGAAGACCUGAGGGAUCUAAAAAUUGAGGUUAAAGAAGAAGAAGAAGAGGAGACGUGUGUGACGGCAGAUCAUCAGUCUACAGUGGAGGCUUGGAUAAUGGUGACCGUUAAAGAAGAGGAAGCUUCUCUAGAUAUCAACUCAGACCUGAGGGAUCUAAAAAUUGAGGUUAAAGAAGAAGAAGAAGAGGAGACGUGUGUGACGGCAGAUCAUCAGUCUACAGUGGAGGCUUGGAUAAUGGUGACCGUUAAAGAAGAGGAAGCUUCUCUAGAUAUCAACUCAGAUGGACGCCAGAUUUCGUCCGCAGAUGACGAUGGAGAAGACAAUGGAAUUGCGAGACCUUCUCGGGGAGAACGUCCUUACGCGUGUUCGGAGUGCGGUCAAAGUUUUAAACGGAAAGAUCAUCUCCAAAGACAUUUGAGAAGUCACACGGGCGAGACUUUUCCAUGUUUACAGUGCGGGAAGUGUUUUAGGCGGAAAGAUAGACUCGGCACACACCUGCAGACCCACACGGGUGAAAAGUUGCAUACAUGUCCAGAGUGCGGCAAAUGUUUUCUGGGGAACGAUGGACUGGCGACUCACCUGAAGACCCGCGCGUGUGAGAAGCCGUAUUCCUGUCCAGAGUGCGGGAAACACUUUGCCCAUAAGAGCAAUCUCAACCAGCACCGGAAAAUUCACACGGGUGAAAGUUCCUUCUCGUGUUUGGAGUGCGGGAAGUGUUUUGAAAAGAGAUCUGACCUCACCGUCCAUCAGAGAGUCCACACUGGUCAGGAGAUCUUUUCCUGCGCGGAGUGCGGGAAGCUGUGCGUCAGUAAAUCCCGGCUUACCGUCCACCAGAGAAGCCACACCGGCGAAAGGCCCUUCCCAUGUUCUGAAUGUCACAAAUCGUUCGUCGCAAAGUCAGAACUUGUUGUACAUCAGAGAAGCCACACCGGGGAGAAGCCGUUUUCAUGCCCAGAGUGCGGGAGAGGCUUUUCGGCCAAAGGGCACUUUAACAACCACAUGAAACUGCACACUGGCGAGAAGCCGUUCUCCUGCCAAGAGUGUGGGAAAAGUUUCCGCCUCAAAGAUGAACUCAUUGUCCACAUAAGACGUCACACAGGUGAGCGUCCGUUUUCAUGCUUGGAGUGCGGGAAAGGUUUCAUCCAGAAAGCUCAACUGCGCAAGCACGAGAGGAUUCACACGGGCGUGCGGCCCUUUUCCUGUUCGGAGUGCGGGAAAAGUUUCCCACAGAAUUCGCACCUUCUCAAACACAUGAGAAACCACACGGGCGAGCGGCCUUUUCCGUGUUUGGAGUGCGGGAAGCGUUUCCUUUACAAAAGAGAUCUGGUUGCCCACCAGAGAGGGCACGCGGGCGAGCGGCUUUUCUCAUGCUUGGAGUGCGGGAAGUGUUUCACGUAUAAAGGACGGUUUCUGAAACACCAGAAGAGUCACACGGGUCAGCAGCCUAUCUCCUGCCCAUAG